GCCCAACGAGUCCACCUAUCGUCUUCGUGAUGCCGCCUUCACACCGAGAAUGCAACAACAAGCGCUACUUCUAGGUCCAACGCGGUCGCACCUUGCAUUUUGCUUUAUACCUGUCUACUUUUGUACUAUACUAGCUCUUUAUCUCCCCUUCUGUAAGCUGACCUAGAAGGAGCAGGAAAAUUGGUUGCUGCACUCCCAUCAGGCUGCCGCAUUAAGCCUUAUUUCGUUUCCACUGCGCGCCCAUCAGACACCCACAUGAGUCGAUGCGUCUUCUCAGGUACGAAGACGAUGGCCGCCUUACGAUCACUAGCUUCGACGACGACGCGAUACCUCGAUAUGCGAUACUUUCACACACCUGGGGGGCAGAUACAGAGGAGGUGACUUUCGCGGAACUUGCACAAGGCGAGGGUAAGCACAAGUCUGGCUACAAGAAGAUUUGCUUUUGUGGAGAGCAAGCGCAGCAAGAUGGUCUGCAGUACUUCUGGGUUGACACAUGCUGCAUCGACAAGUCAGACAAGGCUGAGCUUUCUUUUGCUAUCCAGUCCAUGUUUCGCUGGUACCAAAACGCGACGAAGUGCUAUGUAUACCUAUCAGACCUCAGUUGGGAGUCAGCCUUCAAGUCAAGUCGAUGGUUCACGCGUGGCUGGACACUUCAAGAGCUUCUCGCACCAAACAUUAUCACCGGUAUCCCAUGCGAAGCACUCGACGGAGCUCCUCUUUCCCGCUUUAGCGUUGACGAGCGGCUGCGGUGGAAGGGCGACAGAGAGACUAAACGCGAAGAAGACGCGUGGUACUCACUAGCGGGCAUCUUCGAUGUCGAGAUAGCGCCAGCUUACAGUGAAGGGGCGGCCAGCGCAUUUAAACGUCUAAAGGGCGAGAUCGACAAGCUCGAAAUAUGCAUUCGAGACAUACGCAACACGGAUCCGCGUCACGAUAAGCAGCGCAUCGAGGAUACAAAGGGCGGGCUGCUAGCGGACUCCUACCGCUGGGUUCUGGACAACACUGCCUUCCAGCAAUGGCGAGAGCAGCCAAACAGCCGACUGUUGUGGGUAAAAGGCGAUCCUGGUAAAGGCAAGACGAUGCUCCUCUGCGGCAUCAUUAACGAGCUGCAAAGUUCGAUGCCUCAAAGUGCCCUACUGUCGUACUUUUUCUGUCAAGCGACCGACGCGCGCAUCAACAGCGCCACAGCUGUUCUGCGAGGACUGUUGCACAUGCUCGUUACUCAACAACCAUCGCUUGCAUCGCACAUCCGCAAGAAGCACGACCACGGCGGCAAAGCCAUGUUUGAAGAUGCGAACGCCUGGGUAGUCUUAGUAGAGAUCUUCAAGGCUGUGCUCCAAGAUCCAAGUCUAAGGAUGUCGUACCUAAUCGUCGACGCGCUAGACGAAUGCGUCACUAAUCUGCUAAAACUGCUAGAAUUUAUCGCCAAGCAGUCAUCUGCGUCUUCUCGCGUUAAGUGGAUUGUUUCCAGCCGUAAUUGGCUAGAUAUUAAAGCACAACUAGAGCAAACAGGAUACAAAGUAAAGCUAAGUCUUGAGCUAAACGCGCACUCAUGGAAGGUGGAUCACCUAGCGCAGGAAAAGGGGUACAAGGCAGAGGUCCGGCACGCCGUGCUCCAGCACCUAAGGUUAAACGCUAAUGACACCUUCCUCUGGGUAGCGUUAGUGUGCCAGGACCUGAAAACGACACCAAAGUGGAACGUGUUGAACAAGCUAGCCCUAUUCCCGCCUAAGCUAGACUCCCUAUACAAGCGGAUGAUGGACCAGAUAAGCGAGUCCGACGGCGCCAAGAUCUGCCGGCAGGUACUAGCUUCAACUGCGAUUCUAUAUCGACCUAUUGCGGUCCCUGAACUAGUUGCGCUUGUAGAGCAGCUUGAGGAUUUAGAUGACCUAGAGUCGGUGCGGGAGAUUGUCAGCUUAUGUGGGUCAUUUCUCACCCUGCGAGAGGAUAUAGUCUACUUUGUGCAUCAGUCCGCAAAGGACUUCCUCUUUGCAAAGGCUUAUAACGAAGUGUUUCUAGACGGAAGCGAAGCCGUUCAUCAGACAAUGUUCUUAAGGUCGCUAGCGGUGCUCUCUAGGACGCUCCACAGGGACAUGUACAAUUUGGAAGCGCCAGGAUAUCCUAUCAAGAACGUCAAACUACCCAAAGCAGACCCAUUGACAGUGUCACGGUACCCUGUCGGUGGCCUGGAAGCUGUAGACGUUGUCGAUAACUUUCUAAGAAAGAAGUUUCUCUACUGGCUAGAAGGGCUUAGUCUGUGCAGGGGCGUAGAGAACGGUGUGGCAUCAAUGAAAAAACUGUGGUCGUUAGUGCAGGAGAUGCGUGACCAAGACAGACUUACUCUACUUGUUCAAGACGCAUGGCGAUUCAUCAUGUACCACAAAGGGGCAAUCGAGGGCUACCCUCUUCAGACCUAUGUAUCCGCACUCCUGUUCAGUCCAACAGGUAGUCUCAUCAGACAGCUGUUCCAGCACGAAGAGCCAAAAACAAUCAGUAUUAGACCAGCUCUGAGCGACGGGUGGAGCGCGUGCCUGCAGACGCUCGAGGGCCAUGGCGAUUGGGUCACCUCAGUGGCCUUCUCCCCCGACUCGGCGAGGCUGGCGUCGGCGUCCUGGGACUCAACCGUCAAGAUCUGGGAUGCGAGCAGCGGCGCGUGCCUGCAGACGCUCGAGGGCCAUGGCAGUACUGUCCGCUCGGCUGAUCUUAUCUCUAUCCUUGCGUCGUUACACCCUUAUAAGACUGUAACAGAACCCCAGAAACCUGUCUUUCAUGGAGUAACGAUCAGUCUAAAUUAUACCUGGAUUUCUAAUAAUGCUCAAAACAUGUUGUGGCUCCCUACGGAGUAUCGACCAGCGUGCUCAGCUGUGUCAGGCAGAUGUGUUGGCAUAGGUACAGGAUCAGGAAAGGUUUGGUUCUGUCGCUUUCUGUGA